GAAAUUACUAAUGCAUCAAACCGGCGAAAAAUUUGACCGUUGAAAUUCACAAUUUUGCUGUCUCUUCUCUUUCACUUCUUCCAAAUUCAAACCUUUUUUUUUUUCUGAAUUUCACGAUGCAGAAAUUCAGAAAACCAGAAUCUACCGACGUCGCCUUGUCGGAGCGCCGAAAUUGGGGUAAUAUCUUCAAAUCUCUGGUUCAGAUGGUGCGCAACCAGCAGAACCAGCUUCAAUCGUUCGCUAGCCGCCACAAGUUUCUCGAAGACCGUCUUCGGAUGCAGCACGAAGGGUGGAUCUCCGAUGUUCGCUUUCACAAGGAUCAAAUUUCUCAGUUGAAUGAGAUUUUGGCAUUUGAGGAGAAGAAACGGUCUCUGGAGGAAGCGAAGGCGGAUUUGGCGCUGGGUUUGAAGCACAGAGAGGGUGCUAUAUUAAAAUGGAUUUUGGAGCAUACAGAGGAUGAGUUGGGGGAUUUUAAAGAAUGGUUUGAAAUUCUUUCUCGUAAAUCCUCUGUUAGAGAAGACCAAGGAACAGAAUCUAAGGAUACUGGCAAGAAGAAAAAAGGAACCACACAUAGAGGGAACAAGCCCAUUUCGAAUUCUGAAGAAAAAGAUAAAUGUUCUUGCGAUGAAUUUAGUUUGUUAAAAGGUGAAUAUGAUAAGCUUUCUCUAGAAAAAUAUUCGGAGGUGUCUGAACUCUUGGCGGAAAAGAAAUUUGUGUGGAAUCAAUAUAAGAUAAUGGAGAAUGACUACACUGCUAAAUUAAAGUCUAGGGAAGCUGAAGUAGAAAAGGCAAAUGAAAAGAUAAAGGUACUUGUUUCCGGCAUGGAGCAGCUACGAUCUGAACAUUAUGAAAAAGAUAGUAAAAUUUGCGAAUUAGAAAGUAAAAUUGCUGAGAUGGAGGCUGAGACAAAAAGCUUAAACAAGGAAAUAUCUGGACUCUCAAUGGAGUUGGAAUCUUUAAGAAAACUCCAGAACAACCAUGUCACACCUGUUUUAAAUCGUUGCUCCGAUGGGAGUAAAGCAUCUGGUACGGGAGUUAAGAGCAGCAAGAGUAGAAGUAUGAUUGUGCAGAAGGAACUACGUACACCCGAUCAACCAGCUGCAAAAUCUUCUGAAAGGGGGAAAACAAGCAUGAAGAGGAAAGAGCCUCCAGUUAUUCCCAUUGUAGCUCCUAAGCUGUUCUCUAAUGGCUUCAAGGUUCCAAAACUGAAGUCCUCUGCGAAGGUCAGAGAUGACAGAUGACUCCUUUCGGAGAUAUGUGAGUCUUUGUUUGUAUUGUACAUGCCUUGUACGCUCUUUAUGUAAACUAUGUAUGAUGAUCAUAUCAUGUAUGAGCUUUUAAUUAAACAUUCGAUGUAACUUUGGAAUAACGCUAUUCCACUCUUUAGGUAAAUUAUAUUUAAAA